GUUUUAUGUUAAUUUUAAAUUGUUAAAAACAUAUUUAUCUAUAAUGACAAUACUGAAAACUUUUUUGUUAGAUGUAAAGCAGCAAAAGCAAAGAGACGAAUAUCUGAAUAUAAAAUAGGAUGUUUUGUAAGAUUGUGACCUUAUUAAUAAAUUGAAGAGAGACUCAACUUAAUUUAUUGGUAUUUUAGAAUAUGAGAUAAGAAAAACAAUAUCCUUUUCUAAAUUAAGAUACAUAGAUGUAAUAAAAAAAUAUGAUAAACUAAAAGAAUAAACAAUUGGAAUGCAAUAAGAAUGGAUUUCAUUACCAAAAUUAUUUAAUAAACCUACACUAGCAAUAACUUGGAAUAUAAAAUCUUUGACAGAAGCGGAAAAACAUUAAUUAAAAUUAAUAAAAUAAAAUAAGCCUAAACACAAAGUAUACCAUAAAAAAUGUGAAGAAUUGUAAGAUAGCAUGUUUAGAUUCUAUGUGGAAGUACAAUAAUUAUAGUCAUUCUUAUAAAUAAAUUCUGAAGCCACAAGAAAAAUAAUAAAAAAAUUUAAAAAAUAAGAGAUAAGAGGAAUAUUUGAAGUAAACGAGAAUAUUUUUUAGAAAGUAAAUGACUUUCAGAGUUAAAUUAAUUAAUUACCUAAAAGAUUAAGAAUGAUAAAAGACGAAACAGAAUCAAUGAUCAUUUAAAAUUUUUAUAAACAUGAAAAGUAAAAAUUAUAAUAAUUUAAAGCCCAAAAAAAUGCAGAGAAUUUUUGAGAAAAUAUACAGAGACAAAUUAAUUAUCAAAUGAAAGUAUAUUUUAUUUUGGGUUUUUUGCUGGAUUUGCUGCAUUGAUGAUAAUAAUCUUAUUGUUGAUGAGAUAUGAUGGAUAUUUAGAUCCAAAUUCAGAUAAAGUUUUUAAUAAAGUUUUUCCUUGUUUUAGAGGAGUUGCAUUAUUUAUAUUUUAUUUUUGGAUGAUAUCCUUAGAUGUAGCAGGAUGGAAUUACUUUAAUGUAAAUUAUAAGUUAUAUUUGGGAUUUAAUCAUCAUUAUUCAACAUUGUCUGAAAUAUUGAAGAGAGUAACAAUAUUUAGUACAAUUUAUUUAUUAAUAUUUAUAAUUUAUUGUGUAUAAGAGGAAGAUAUUGGAAAGUUAGCUUAAGAAUUAUAAGUGUUUGAUGUAAGACUUUAUCCUUUAAUAAUUUGGGUAUGUUUAUUAAUAUAUGUUUUGUAUCCAUUCAAAAAGAUUUUUAAUCCAGAAGGUAAAAGAUACAUGUAUAAGAUGUUUUAUGGAAUGAUAUGGGGUUUUAUAUUUAAUUAUGAAUCAAGAUAUACAUUUAUGGCAGAUUAAUUUGCAUCUUUCACAACUCCAAUUAGAGAUUUAGAUUAUACAAUUUGUUAUUAUUAUUAUAUUGUAAAUAUAUAUAUUAAUAACAGAUAUUUAAUGGUUAUGAACAUGAUGGAUAAUGUGAACCAAGGACUAGAUUUACUAGUGCACUUCCAGCAACAGUACCAUAUUUAAUUAAAUGUGCUCAUUAUUUAGUAAGAGCUAAAGUUAAAGGUAAAUUAUUUGGUACAGAUGAAUGGUAUAAUUUUUUAAAGACUGCUAAUGCUGCAUAAGUUGGAGUUUGGUCAUUUUUAGCUAGAAGAAAUCCUGAUGUUAUUGAAUUUAGAGUUAUCUGGAUAUUUGUAGCUAUUAUUAGUACCUUUUGGUAAUAUUAUUGGGAUUUAGCUAAAGACUUUUUAUUUUUUGAAAAAGAUUCUAAAUAUAAAUUUCUUAGAAAUGAUUUAGGAUACAAUAGUCCUACAAUCUAUUAUAUUUUUGCUGGUGUCAAUCUAAUUUUGAGAUGUACUUGGGUUUUAUCAUUAUCUCCAGAUAUUUGUAAAUUAUUUGGAAUAAAAAAUGAAUUAUUUGUUUUAUUGGUUGGAUUUUUAGAGAUGAGUAGAAGAUUCUUAAAUAAUUUUUUAAAAGUUGAAAAAGAACAUAUAGUAAAUUUAAGAUCUUUAAAAGUUGUUUAAGAUCUCAAAUAUCCAUUUUAAGUUCAUAAAGAAUUAGUUGAAUUUAAUAAUCGUGAUCAUUGGUCAGUUUCUUCAUUUCUCUAACCAAAUUCAGGUUUUUAAUCAUUAAAAGAUGAUGUAGAAUUUGAAAAUAGACCUAGUGUUGUUUUAUUAUUUAAGGGGUUAACUGAAUAAAUUGAUGAAGCAAGAUAACCAAAUCAAAUAAGUAAUAAUGAUUAAAGAAUUUCUUAAUUCACUUAAAAUUUUAAUAGAGCUACAAAUUUUAAAUUACCUAAUAAAUAAUCUGAUAUCAAAUAAGAACUAAAUAUUGAAUUUCAAAAUAGAGAAUCUAAAUAUUCAAAUGGUACUUAACAUUUAUUAAAGGUUCCACUUAUUAAAAAUGUUAGUUAAUUAAAUUUUCAAUCCGUUUAAUCUUCUUAUGAUGAUGCUUUAUCAGAUAAUCAAGAUAAUAAUAAUAGCGAUUAAGAGAGGGAUACCUUACAUGAUAUAAGAUUGGCCACAGAAGAAAAUGCAUUAAUUGAACAGGGAAAAAAGAAAGAAAGUUUAGAACGUUAAUGGAUUAAAGAAUUAAAGUAGGAAAAUAAAAAAUAUAAAAAACUUAUAUAUAAAAGAUAUGAAAUAUUUAGAGUGUAAUAAACAACUGAAUGA